GGAAAAAAAGACGCAGAAAAACACCUCCAGAACCCACUUGUGAAGGCAGUAUGGGGAAAAAUAAAAAAAAAGCGAAAACAACUGACUCGGUCAAAAAAGAAAAUCAAGAGACACCAAUACAAAAGACACCUCUACACAAUAUCUCAAGUCAGAGUAAAAAUGAUAAGGCAUGCCAGAAAGAUGAGAAUACAGAAGAAGAACAUGUACCAACACGUAUAUCUAAUGAAAUAGCCAAAGUAAACAAAGAAACAUCAAAACAAAGACACGUUCUAAAUAAUGACUAUGCAGAAAACAUGGAUAUCCUACUUGAGAAAAGUGCUGCCCAACCACAUAUAAAAAAACCUGAAAGCACAGAAAGUCCCACUCCUACCCCUAUAGAAGGAGGCUUUGAAGACUCAAAAAGGAUACUCUCACCAGAUAUAGAAACUGAAUCUACAGAAAUACAAGAAGUCUCCAAGGUAGUAAUGAAAGAAAAGGUGAAAACCCAUGAGAAAAAACAAACCCCCGAACCCACAAAAGAAAUAGAAACCCCUGAGCCCACAAAAAAAACAGAAACAAGAGAGAAAGACAAUAUUCCCCCAGACAUUAUAGUGCCCAGAGAUGAAAUUACUAUUUUAGGCUAUGACUCACAUUCUAGCAAUCCCAAUACUAGUGAUAAGGAACGCCCGCAUGCAGAUUUAUUGAGUAACCCUGCAGCCACCAUGAACCAUAUAGUUGAGGAUAACUUUAUCCCGGUAUCAUACAGAAAAACGAACAGCUAA